AUGGAGGCUCUGAACCGAGGGAACCGGCUGCUCAGGAACCAGAGUCAAGAGUGGAGACAGGAUUCUAGCUCGGACAACGAAGAGGACCUCCGAGCAAAUGCCAAAGCAGCCGCGCAGGGGAUGAGCAUGAGCCACCACCACGAGUACGAAGAACCCAGGAACGUGGUCGAGGCCCGCAAAAUAUCUCUCGACGCCGGCCGGAACGGGACGGGCUUGAAGGGCCGAAAGGGCAGCACGCCCAAUGGUACAACAAACGGAUCCUUCAGCUCAAUGGAAAUGAUCAAUGCACGAGGUUACGGUGUUUCGAACCCACCGACCGAAGACUUCCAGCCGCCACCUCAAUAUCCGGGCUACGGAACAGGUUCUCUGCCACGCCAGAAUGGCACUAAAGGGUCAUCACGGCAUCGGAGUAACGGGCACGCUCGCCAGAACGGAGCCAAUCGUUCGAACCGUACUGGAAACGAAAGUUUGGGUCUACGGCGAGGACCGUCGUCCUCGUCGACGUCCGAUAACCAAUCAGAGUACACAGACAGCGAAACGGCCCAUCUGCCAGUGAACGCUCAGAGCCGUCGGAUGGUUGCAGCCAGUAGGGAUUCGACGUUGAGAGAUAGUCCACCGGACCCUGCACCGCCAAAUGUCCCUCCUAGGAAUAAUUACUCGACUGCCGAUUCGCUGAGAGCCAGACUCGCCGGUUACAUGGAGAACGGUCAGGAUAUCCUGGACGACGAUCGCGAGUACAUGACCGAUGUUUUAGGACACUACGCAACGCCAGAUGUCACCAAUCCGGAGGACCAGCUACGCAACUCGAUCAACCGGAGAGAAAACGAAAGAGUUUACUGCCAGCCACAAAACAUCAUCACACAGCAGGAAUCGAAACUCAGUGACAAAGACAGCAGCGGAGGCGGCUCCACGGAGCGGAGUCAUGCCGGUGUGCUCCCAUCAGCCAUCCAGACGGCCGUUCUGGGCAGUGCGACGUACUCUAACACUAUUCCGGUGUACUGUACGACCCCCUGCUCCACGACCGGCCCGAUGGUCCCCGUGCCGAACUGCAUCAAUCCCCAAUUGAUCCAGCAGAGCAUAAAUGCAGCCGCAGCCGCCGAACUCCAGGCACAACAGCAACAGCAGCAGCAACAGCAAAGUACGCCUCCGGGUCGACCGUUUUCGGCCUUGUUCAACUCGGCGACUAUUGAAAGUUCGCGGAUCCACUUGCAAAAGGCUUGUGGAGGUCACCGGUGUAGUUGGCGACUAGCCACCCUAGGACUUCUAAUGAUAUCAGUUGUGUUGGCCACACUCGCUGGAUAUUUCGCCGCGACCCCCUCGGUAGAUCACUCCAACUGCAUCAUGGUCGGUGGCGUCACGGACGAAACUGCGCUCCAGCAUAUCCCACCCUGUGUUGACCGAACCUCAGUGUCUUCAGAUUUUCAAGCAGUCAAAGGAGCUUCACAGGCUUCGACUGGCUGCCGUUUGAUUCCUCACCAAGCGGAAAGUUUUAAUCAAAUCAAAUUGGGCGACGAGAUGACGCAUACGAUCGCGCCGCAGGAGUCGUGGAACAUUUGGUUCAACCACCACGAGCCGUCGUUCGUUCGCUUCAAUGUCACAACUCAACAAGGCUGCAAAUUAGCGUUGUUCGCCGGGAAGAACAAUCCGCCGACGUUGACAGUGAAUGCAUUCAGGGAGACCAUCAGCAGUGAAGCUCCCCAGGUCGCCGAGUUCCACAUGUCAACCAAGUCUCGGAGAGCAGUCGGGAUGACGCUCGAAGAAGUCGAACUCAUCCACUACCUAGAGGCCGGCACGUGGUAUCUCAGCAUCAUUAACGAUGACUUCCUCGAAACAACAAUGGCCGUCACCGCCACAGUGGCCUCCGACGUCAGUUCAGACUGUCCGAACGGCUGCUCGGGACACGGCAACUGUGAGAUGGGCAAGUGCAAGUGCCAUCCCGGAUUUUCAGGAUCUGACUGCUCCGACAGUGUGUGUCCGACGCUGUGCAAUGGACACGGCCGCUUCGUGCAAGGCGUCUGUCGAUGCGAAUCGGGCUGGAAAGGCGUCGAGUGCGGCGUUCCCGAGAAAGAGUGUGAAGUCCCUGAUUGCAACGGAAACGGCCGUUGUUCGAACCGAGGUCAAUGCGUCUGCAAGCCCGGCUUCUCGGGUGCGGCCUGUGAAAGAGUUGACUGUUUGGAUCCUUCGUGCUCAGGACACGGCGUCUGCUCCGCUGGCUUAUGUCAUUGCAAGAUUGGAUGGCGUGGUCAAAACUGUUCCGAUCCGGACGACCGCCUAAAUCGUUGUUUCCCCGACUGCUCGCAACAUGGAGUCUACGACCUAGAGACCGAAAAGUGCAUCUGUUUCGAUCACUGGGCAGGCUCAGAUUGUUCCCGAGCAAAAUGCAAUCUCGACUGCGGGCCUUUCGGACGAUGUGAAGAAGGUCGGUGCAGAUGCGACUCCGGCUGGACAGGAAACAAAUGCGACCUCAAAGAAUGCGACCCUCGGUGCCAACUGCAUGGCCAAUGCAAUAACGGCACUUGCGUCUGCAUCCAGGGAUGGAUGGGCAAACACUGCACCAUCGAGGGGUGUCCCAGCAGCUGUUCGAAUAAGGGGGCCUGCGUCAAAGACGAAUCAGCCUCGUCAUGGAGAUGUAAUUGCCAAAGCGGAUGGGGAGGAAACGACUGUAGCGUACGUCAGGAAACAAAAUGCAAAGACGAGGUCGAUAAUGAUGGAGACGGGUUGAUGGACUGCGCUGACAGUGAGUGCUGCUACCGGCCGGAAUGCCAGGACAGUCUUCUAUGCAUCCACUCUCCAGAACCGCAGGACAUCUUGCUGAGGAAGCAACCUCCUCCCGUGACAGCUUCGUUUUAUCAAAAGAUGAAGUUCCUCAUCGAAGAAGAUUCGGUGCAGAGUUACUCGCACAAGGAUGAGUACUCUGAGAGCCAAUUUUGGAGUGCCUUCGUUAAAAGCCGCGUCUCAGUGAUUCGAGGAAGAGUGAUCGGCCGUGAAGGCAACGGACUCAUAGGAAUCAGGGUCAGCGUGGCUACAGACCCACAGUUCGGAUUCACUCUCACCCGGCCAGAUGGAUGGUUCGAUAUUUUAGUCAAUGGAGGCGGAGCUGUGACUCUACAGUUCCAAAGGAAUCCAUUCCAUCCCAUAAAACGAACAAUCAUGGUUCCAUGGAACGACAUUGUCGUCAUGUCGCCUGUUGUCAUGAUGAGCGUUGCCCAAGACCCCAACGAGGGCGAGGCGAUGUUCGAAGAACAGAGCGGAUGCCUCGUACACGAUUACGACCGAAUGAAACCCAUUGUGUAUCAAACAUGGCGACCUGGCUCACAGGGAGGCUGCACCGAACGUACGGCGAUCAUCGCAGAAACUCAGGUCAUCCAAGAAGCGCUGCCCAUUCCCGGUUCUGAUCUGCGACUGGUUUAUCAGAGCAGCCACAGUCAGGGCUAUCUCUCCACAAUUCACUUGCAACUCACACCAUCGGUCGUUCCAAAAGAACUCAAGUUGGUGCAACUCCGAAUCGUUGUUGAGGGGAUCCUGUUCGAGAACACAUUCGAGGCAGACCCAGACAUCAAGUUCACCUUCGCCUGGAACAAACGCAACGUUUACAAACAGAAGGUCUACGGACUCACAACCGUACUGGUAUACGUCGGGUACCAGUACACGACUUGCGACAAAACGGUCUGGACCUCGCAGUCGACCACGCUACGUGGUUUCGACAUGGACAUCUCGGAGCUGGGUCAAUGGAAUCUCGACAUCCACCACCGAUACAAUUUCCACGAAGGAGUGCUCCAGAAAGGCGACGGUUCCACGGUCUAUUUCAAGCAUCAGCCUCGCGUGAUUCAAACUCUAAUCGGCACCGGUCGCAAGCGAACAUCGAGGAUUUGUCCGGAAUGCAACGGCCGCGCCCAGGGCAACAAACUCGAAAAUCCCAUCACCUUGACAUCGGGUCCAGACGGCAGCAUUUAUGUCGGAGAUCACAAUCUCAUCCGACGCAUUACGCCUUCGGGACAGGUGUACACCGUCUACACGCUCAAGAACCUUCCGGAUCAGCUCACGUAUCAGUACCACAUCGCGUUAUCGCCCACCGACGGCCACCUGUAUAUUUCGGAUCCUGAGAUGUACCAGAUUGUUCGAGUCCAACUCGACAAGCACAUGGAAGCUGUCGAAGGCAAUACGGCCGACAGCGUUGUCGGCAACGGCAAACGAUGCGUCGAUCCUGACAUCGACUUGUGCGGAGACGGUACAGGAGCCAUGGAAGCCAAACUCCACUAUCCCAAAGGUUUGGCGUUCUCGGUGGACAACACCCUGUAUUUUGCUGACGGUCCCCGCAUCCGUAUGGUGAACAAACGAGGUGUCAUUCACACCGUAAUUGGUGGACCUCGCGGAAGACAUCAGUGGCGUCCCAUACCAUGCGUGGGAACACUUCCCAUCGAACAGACGAAAUUGCGCUGGCCGACCGAAUUGGCAAUUAAUCCGGUGGACAAUUCAUUGUAUUUCAUCGACGAUCACAUGAUAAUCAAGCUGACCAAAGAUAAGAGGGUGACGGCCAUAGUCGGACAACCUUCCUAUUGCAAGGAGUCUAAGAGCAAGACGAACAAAUACGACAAGAACGCUUCGAAGAACCUCGGCACUCUGAUCUCGUUCUCAUUCGGCCCGACCGGAAUCAUGUACCUGGCAGAAGUCGAUCACAGAGAUAACUACAAGGUCCACGCGCUCCAUCCCGACGGCGAGAUGCUUCACUUCGCCGGCAGGGAACGGCCCGCGCACUGCAUGUGGAUGUGCCCCAAGAACUCGAACAUUUCGACAUGCAAGCCCUGCGAGGAGAGCGGCAGCCAACUCGCCGUCGAAACCAGGCUACACGGAAUUUCGUCCCUGACCGUAACCAGCGACGGGACAGUCCAUAUAGCGGAUGUGGCCAACUUCAAGAUCCUGUCGGCUGUGCCAUACCUCCCAGAGGCGAGCGGGGACAACGAAUAUCAAAUAGCGUUCCCCGAAAACCACGAGAUCUACGUCUUCAACAAAUAUGGACAGCACAUCCUGACGAAGAGUGCUCUGACCGGCAAAACCAAAUACACUUUCCUGUACAAUGUGAACACUUCGCUCGGGAAACUCAGCGCCGUUACCGAUGCCUCCGGGAACAAAGUCGCAUUCCUCCGCGAUUCUGCCAACAACAUGUUCAGCAUCGAAACGGCCAGAGGUCAGAAAUGCCGAGUGUUUGUCAACAAACAGAAACAGCUUCUGUCGUUCACCAACGCCGACAAUCUUCAGUACAACUUCGAGUACGAGAGUGUUACGGGCCUACUGACAUCGAGACACGACUCGAAUGGCAUGACGUUCCAUUACAUUUACGACGAAAACGGCCGUCUUACGAGUGUCGUACGACCCUCCGGAAAGAUCGUGGAGCUCGAGUUCGAUCUCUCGGAUCGCGGCGCUGCUGUGUCAGCGAAAGAUGAAAAAUCGACCGAUAUUGUCAUUGUCAAAGGCUCCCGCGUCACAACAACCGCCGGCGGAGUGAGUCUCGAAUCUACGAUGCACCAGGAUGGAGCGAUCGAGAUCCGUGCCCCUUGGAAAACUUCGGCUCUUUGGGAAGCAGCGACUCAUAAGGUUCUGAACCAUUUGCUGGCGGUACAGGCUGGAAUGUUCCCUAUUCCGGUGAAACAGACGGUGUACACUGAAGGUGAAGCUGGAAUCAGUAAUUCUCUCGAAUGGAAGUACGAUGUCAAGUACAACCGAAAGGAACGUGACGCCGUUACCGUGUCUUCAGUCGAACGAACUCUGCUGGUGAAUACCUCACAGUACCUGACGACUGAAUACGAUUGGAUGGCGGACCGCGAGAUGGUCUACAACGCGUCUCGUCGUCCGUUCCUGGUGAUCCAGUACGACACCUUCUCGAGACCGAUCCAAUACCUGCCGACAGACACCAAGGUCCCGCUCAACAUUCAAUAUGAUCGACUGGGAAGACCGUCCGGUUGGAGUCAGGGUGCCAUGCAGGAGUCCUACACGUACGAUCGGAGCGGUUUGCUCAGCGAGGUGAAACUCGCCAACGAGGGCAAGGUGCAUUACGUGUACGAGGGUCUCAGCAAGCCCACGAAAGUCAAGCUGCCCAGCGGACGUGAAUACCUUUUGAAGUACGACAAAAACGGCGGUCUCGAGAGCAUAACAACGCCCAAAUCUACAGUCCACAGCUACCAGAUCCUGGUCACCGUCGGUUUCUAUAAACUGCUCUACACGCCCCCUGGCAACCAUGGGCCACUGACCGUCUACUAUAACGACCGCGGCCAGCCUAUCUUGAAAAUAUUCCCCGGUGACCACGGGCGCGUUUUAUACCGCUACAACAAUCAGAGUUUGCUCAGCGCAGUCGUGUACGGUGGUGGGAAAACGCUGACGAACUACAGCUCGACCGGUUUUGUCAAAAGCGAAGCCUGGAGCGAGAACGACGUCGAAGUCAAAUACGACUACUUCUACGACGGGGCGAUGCUCACGCAAUGCGUGGCAAAGUUCUACUCGAAGUUCCAGCUCACAACGGCUAAUUUCCAUUAUCAAUACGACAAUUGGUUCCGACCAAAGCAUAUACGAGCCCGUGUCGGGACCCUACAGUUCGCCGAUAUCGACCUGAGUUACGACGCCGAGACGGGCAAACGUGAACAGUUCGGACUGUUCCGCGUGUUUACUCAGAGUCCCAACGACACCGUACUCGCCGAUGGUGUGGCCACGUUCACUCAACUCACAGAUGGCAUGGGUCGCAUCCAGCAUCGCGGAUUGCUCAUUGCGGAGAAAGAGGUCUACAGUCUCGACUGCACCUACGGUGGUAACAACAACCUCGUCCAGAGUAAAACGCUCAUGCGACUCCAGGGCGGCAGCCAGAUGAGGACUCAGAACUUCUCGUAUGAUCUCGACAACCAGCUCAUCGAGAUGGUGGGCAAGGACCGCUGGAACUUCCAUUACGACGAUAACGGGAACAUCGUCACCAUGCGCUACAUGGGCAACAAAAUUGAAAUUCUCCACGACGUGGGUGACAGGAUUCUCCGGUUUGGCGAAACUCCAUUUGUCGUUAAUGAUCGAGGUUUUGUCGUUCAGCGAGGAGAGGAAAGAUUCCAUUACAACGUCAAGGGUCAGCUGAUCAAAGCCUCUGGCACUCGUGGCAAGUACGAGGUGAAAUACUUCUACGACGCUCAGAACCGCCUUGCGAUGCGCAAAGACCACUUUGGAAACAUGACGCAAUUCUUCUACGCCGACCUAACCCGUCCGCACCUCGUCACUCACAUCUACAACAACGCCGACGGACGGAGCAUGAGCCUAAUUUACGACAACAACGAUUUCCUCAUCCAUAUUCUCGUCAACAAGGACAGCUACUACGUGGCGACCGACCAUAACGGAAGCCCGACGCUGAUCUUCGAUCGUUACGGCGAGGUCAUCAAAGAGGUUCUUCGAGGACCUUACGGACACAUAAUCUACGAUUCGACGCCGACGUUCUACGUGCCAGUCGAUUUCCAAGGCGGAAUUCUCGACCCACUGACGUUGCUGCUGCACAUCGGAGACAAAGUCUACGAUUCCUUAACCGGCAAGUGGAUGACGCCCCGCUAUGAGAAUGUACUCAAUCACGUCAACGACAUCAGACACCUUCACCUGUACCAAUUCAACAACAACGACCCCGUCAACCUCCACAAGAAACAACAAAACAAAUUCGACACUCCCGAUUGGAUCGCCAGCCAGGGCAUAGACAUCGAGACGAUGGGUCUUGGCCGUCCUUCAUCAGUCAUGCGAACGGCCAAUGGUUUCCAUGACAGUCGAAACAACAUCGACAAAUUCUCCGUGCUUCCACAAUUGCCAUCCGUACCGCUCAUCUCGGGCUAUGUGUGCUCGGUACAGCGCAAACUCGCGAACUUCGCACGUCUAAGCUCUGUUGACCGCUCCCGAGUGAAACAGGAAGAUUUCCUGGGCGCCAACCAGCUCACAACCCUGCACGUUCCGCUCGGCUCCGGAAUCACGAUUUCUGAAAUGAAAGGCCGAGCUGUGGUCCGUUCGGUUGAUAAGGCGAACCAGAUCAACAAAGAUGUUUACAUGGCCGUGUUCAAUAACACGCAGCUCGUGAACCUUCAUCUGGUGAUGCACGGUCUCGACGUGUUCUAUUUCCUCAAAGAAACAACGUGGAAAUUCGACGACGAUAUCACCCAGCUGCAGAGGCUGGGCAGUAGCAUCAACAUGACGCACCACACCGACCACGGCAACCAAUUUUCCGACAUUCGAAUCCAUACGCCGUACGCCGUGCUCAGCAUACGUUACGGCUCUCAAAUGGCGAAAGAGCAUCAGAGAAUCCUGCGACACGCCAAAAAACACGCUGUUACACAGCGCUGGGCUCAGGAGCGCGAACUGUUGAGCAGAGACCAGACCGGCCAACUCGAGUGGACCGAGAAGGAGAAGGACGACAUCAUCCGGACAGGAUCGGCGCCAGGCUAUCGUGGGGAUUACUAUCAUGACGUGGCCAGCUAUCCUGAACUGGCCGACGACCCAGCCAAUAUCGUGUUGCACAGAAAUCAGAAACGAGAUCAUGACGAAAUGUGA